AUGUACGUCCGUUGUAUCCAGUCAUGGCGAUUGCCCGAUCCCAGCAGGCUCUUUCCAUAUCCUUUAUCCUCACUGAAGGGAUUUACUCUCGUGCACCUAAAUGUGUCGUAUGUAUGCACGCACACUGCAGCGGUCAGUUCGGCUUGGACUGCUGUUGCAAGGAGUAGUUUGCUCAUUGGCAUUGGACGCUACAACACACUGGGGUUGUUGUGGAGGUCAUUUUUUGUAAGGUGUCUAUUUGUCCCCAGGAGGAACAGGAAGAUCUACUGGGGAACUUCUAAGUUUGCACCAGUGAUCACCAUGCCUCAGUUAAAGACUACAGACAUGGGCUCUGCCUUCAUCCAGACACAGCAGCUCGACGCUGCCAUGGCUGACACCUUCUUGGAACACCUGUGCCUGCUGGACAUUGAUUCUGAGCCCACCACCGCACGCAACACUGGCAUCAUCUGCACCAUUGGGCCAGCCUCCCGUUCUGUGGAUAUACUGAAGGAGAUGAUCAAGUCUGGAAUGAACAUUGCUCGCUUGAACUUCUCUCAUGGAACACACGAGUACCAUGCGCAGACCAUCAAGAACGUGCGUGAGGCGUGUGAGAGCUUUGAGCCUGGCAGUAUCCAAUACAGGCCUAUUGGCAUCGCCCUGGACACCAAGGGCCCAGAGAUCAGGACCGGCCUGAUCCAGGGGAGCGGCACAGCUGAGGUGGAGCUGAAGAAGGGCAACAUGCUCAAGAUAACCCUGGACGAUGCUUAUCAGGAGAAAUGCAGUGAGGACAUUCUCUGGCUCGACUACAAGAACAUUACCAACGUGGUGGAAAUUGGCAGCAAGAUCUACAUUGACGACGGACUCGUAUCCCUGCAGGUCAAGGAGAUCGGUUCUGACUUCCUCAUGUGCGAGAUUGAGAACGGCGGCACCAUUGGCAGCAAGAAGGGAGUGAACCUCCCCGGUGCUGCGGUCGACCUGCCUGCGGUUUCAGACAAGGACAUCAAAGACCUGCAGUUUGGUUUGGAGCACGGAGUCGACAUGGUCUUCGCCUCCUUCAUCCGCAAAGCAGCAGACGUACACGCUGUCCGAGCAGUGCUGGGAGAGAAGGGCAAAGAUAUUAAGAUCAUCAGCAAGCUCGAGAAUCACGAGGGUGUACGCAGAUUUGAUGAGAUCAUGGAGGCCAGUGAUGGCAUCAUGGUCGCCCGUGGUGACCUGGGAAUUGAGAUCCCCACAGAAAAAGUCUUCGUCGCCCAGAAGAUGAUGAUCGGUCGCUGCAACAGAGCUGGCAAACCAAUCACAUGUGCCACUCAGAUGUUGGAGAGCAUGAUCAAGAAGCCCCGGCCCACCCGUGCGGAGGGCAGUGACGUAGCCAACGCCGUGUUGGACGGAGCCGACUGCAUCAUGCUGAGCGGAGAGACCGCCAAGGGAGAUUACCCUCUGGAGGCAGUACGCACACAGCACAUGAUUGCUCGUGAAGCCGAGGCAGCCAUGUUCCACCGGCAGGUGUUUGAGGACCUGCGUCGUUCCACGCCGUUCUGCAAAGACCCCGCUGAGGCUAUUGCAAUCGGCGCUGUUGAGGCCUCUUUUAAGAGCUUAGCUUCUGCGAUCAUUGUGCUCACUGGCUCUGGAAGGUCCGCCCACCUGAUCUCCAGGUACAGGCCCCGUGCCCCCAUUCUCGCUGUGACCCGUAACGCCCAGACGGCUCGCCAAGCUCACCUGUACCGCGGGAUCUUCCCCGUCCUCUACACCAACCCCGCCCACGAUGUGUGGGCAGAUGACGUAGACAUGCGCGUCAACUUCGCCAUGGAUAUGGGCAAGGCCCGAGGCUUCUUCAAAGAGGGAGAUGUUGUCAUCGUGUUGACCGGCUGGCGCCCUGGCUCCGGUUACACCAACACCAUGCGUGUGGUUCUGGUGGCCUGAACAGCCGACAGGACUGCUCUGCUUUCUCCCUCCACCUUCAUCUAUGUUUCAUAGCUCUCCACCCCACACUCCACUCCAGCUCACAGCCCUUUUCAUGCAACACCCGGGCUCCAGAGUCAACCCCCGAGCAAUUUAUCGUUUAGGCAGUGAUGCAAUUAGAAAAUAAAUAGCGUAAAGCCUUCGUGGUCAAAGAGCUGUUUGGGGGAGGAGUGGAGGCUUGAUUAAUUCCACUUUUCUGUCUCCAUUCCUUUCACGUCGAUUCUCUCAAUCAAACCAGUCUGCAGGGCCUCAGAUUAAACACCCUGAACCAGAAACUGCUGUAUUUAUUCACUCCAACAUGUAUUAUUAAAGGUGACCCAGUCUGAGAGUGAAUGCAUCCUGGUCUGUGUGCAUGCGCGUACUGUCUCCUGUUUGGGUGGAGUUGGUGUUGGGGCAGGCGGAUCUUAACGGAGCAAGUUGAGUACUGUAACAGUUUACUAAUCACACUCCUCUGCCGAUAUAACGAACAAACCUGUUGCAUCCUAAAUCAAAGGGCUCCUACUACAGCGCAGCCUCUGCUCCACCCAAACAGAUCCAUCUGUAGUGCUGUCUAUGAUGCGUCCUCUCUUAAUGCCAGCUAUCACUGUAUUUAGGUGUUGCACUCCUAAUCUCCUCCAGACAAUGUCACAUUGGAUAUUAUACUGGACCUUUGUGAAUUUAAAGUUUUGUUUUUGGACAUCCAAUACUACUUAUAUUUUGUCUGACUAUAGAGAAAUGUUAGUUUUGGAUGUCCGCCUGAGACGUGUUUGAGCUAGUUACUGUAUUUGUGUUGUUAGAUGUGACUUUACAUUUAUUUGGGUCAUGUUUAAGUCGACACUUAUGAAUCUUGUAUGGUUCACUAAAGUCGACUGAUAUGAUGAGCACUUUUAGGUUUUUGUUUUCAUCGGGGACCUGAUGGAGGGAUGACACCCUGUCCCUCUCAACCCCAGUGGGUCAGGGGUACAACCCCUCUGCUUGUCUUUGUUCUGUUACGUUAGUGAGACACUAGCUCUCUGUGUCUAACAUGCUUUUGAUUGUAAUGCUAGAGUGUAAGAACUAAGUGUAAAGGAGUGUUAUAAUGUUUAGCUGGUGCACUGAGCUGUCCUUAAAGACUGGAUUUCCCUCAAUAAAAGAGAUGAGCACUAACUUAA